AUGUUCAAAAUGAGCCUGGGAGACCGGUAUUAUCGAAACGACGAAAAGCCUUCACGACGGUCGGAUGCUCAUCAAGAAUUGAACGACUGCUUGACACGCAUCAAUGCCUACAAUCCGCCUGUGCAGACUUGCUCAACCGGAUGGUCCUUUUCGGGACUCUACCGUGGCCCGACAUCCGUCGCAUACCUCUUUUUCCGAUUGUCCCAGUCCUAUCCCGAUCUUACCUUCAAGGGGCAAUCUCUCCUGGACUGGGCAGAAGCAUAUCUAGCACUAGGGACGUCUCGUUCAAAUUCGAAAAAUGUCGAUUCAAGCCAUUGCGGCACUGCAAAUGAGACUCUUGCUCAACUGGCCAUUCGAGCCGUGAUCGAUCAAGACCCAUCUCUCGUGCAACAGUUGUGCUCAUUUCAAUCACUGAUAAACGGCACAGAGGGUGGUUCAGAUGAAUGGCUCUAUGGAAGGGCAGGUUACCUGUACCUCCUCAGACUUGCGGGGAGUGGGUUUGACAAGGAAUCCGGUCCCGUCGGUAAAAUGGUCGACGAGACGAUUCAGAAGACGGUCCAACGUAUUCUGGCCAGCCGACAGCCUUGGACGUGGCAUGGCAAAGCCUACAUAGGUGCCGCUCACGGUUCAUUCGGUAUUCUAUGUCAGAUCGUCCUCUCGGAUCCUGCAGCUGCGGACUCUGUGGAACAAAUCUUGUCACAACUACUGGAGAUGCAGUAUCCACGUAGUGGCAAUUUCCCUUCGUCAAUGGCUAGGUCAUCUGACAAACUCGUUCAUUUUUGUCACGGUGGCCCUGGUGUCGUACUAUCACUGACAUCGCUCCGGCCACAUUUUCCCAAUCUACGGCAAAGGAUCGACGCGGCGAUCGCGGCCGCCCAGAGAGAUACUUGGAGACGUGGUGUUUUGGUCAAGGACCCUUGCUUGUGUCACGGGAUAGCAGGGAAUGCACUCGCUCUGGAUGAUGCGGAUGAGUUUCGACACCUUGUCACGUACAUGUCGAGUGGUUCACUCGAAGAAGCCCAACAAGGAUGGUUGAAGGAGGCGGGUCGGAGUGACGAGUUUGUAGGACUGUACACGGGUGAAGCCGGCCGAGCUUGGACUUGGGCUGUGGCAGACAAGUUUGACGAACUGGCAAGUAAAUGUAUCGGAUUCAAUGAUCUCUGA